GGGCUUGAUUAAACUUCACGUCACUUAAUGACAGGAAUAGAUGAUGAUGUACAAUAUAUUACAAAUUUAGUGCAUUGCCGAACACAGAUAGAAGUACAUGGUAUGUUACAAUCUAUAAUAUUAUAUCACCGACCACAGACAGGAGUACAUGGUAUGUUACAAUCUACCAUAUAAGAAUAUCACCGACCACAGACAGGAGUACAUAGUAUGUUACAAUCUACCAUAUGAGUAUAUCACCGACCACAGACAGGAGUACAUGGUAUGUUACAAUCUAUAAUAUCAGUGUAUCACCGACCAUAGACAGGAGCAUAUGGUGAGUUACAAUCUAUAAUAUUAGUGUAUCACUGACCGCAGACAAGAAUACAUGUUGUGAUACAAUUUAUGAUAAUAGUACAUGGUGUGUUACAAUCUACCAUAUGAGAAUAUCACCGACCACAGACAGGAGUACAUGGUAUGUUACAAUCUACCAUAUGAGUAUAUCACCGACCACAGACAGGAGUACAUGGUAUGUUACAAUCUAUAAUAUCAGUGUAUCACCGACCAUAGACGAGUUACAAUUUAUAAUAUUAGUGUAUCACUGACCGCAGACAAGAAUACAUGUUGUGAUACAAUUUAUGAUAAUAGUACAUGGUGUGUUACAAUCUAUAAUAUAUCAUUAAUGUAAUACGGACCACAGCAAGAAUUAUAGAGUGUGUUACAGUCUAUAGUGUUAAAUAAGACCACGGACAGGGAAUACAUGCCCGAUGCAUAGCAGUAUCCAUUAUUAGACGUACUUGGCAGACAUCAUCUGAUCUUAUGAAGAUGUUUGCUGAAAAUAAUGACAACGUUGAUGAGGCAGACGAGAGGAUCCCGUUUGUAGGAAGGAGGCGAGAGCUUGAAGAGAUCAAGGCUUGGUGCCGGUUGAGUCGCCAGAGACUUGUUCAGAUCUAUGGACCACCAUUUACUGGAAAACAGAGACUGGCCAAUCAGAUCCAGAACGAGCUUGUAGCAGAAUAUGAAGAGAAGCAGAUGCCACUGAAGUGUAUAAAUACGUCAGGGGAGUGUUUGACGGAUUGGAACGUUCAGGAGCUCCACUCACACAUGAAGACACUGAACAUAGCGUUAUCACUCACCUCAGACUGAUGGCGAACGCCAACCAAUCAUGUCAGUUCUUGUUAGUAUUUACAAAGGUAGACAGUCUUGUACAUACAUCAGUGUUGCAGAACCGAUUCAUAAACUUUUGCCAGAAGAUUCUCAGAUUGUCAGGAAAUAUUUUUCUCUUAGUAUCAAGUCAAAUGAGAAUAACAUAUCUAUCUUCAGUACCAGCGCGUGCCACAUUCUUAGCAGGUUUGUCAGAAUUAGAGGGGGUCAUCUUACUUCAAAUUGUAGCACAAGAA